UUUGCUCUAUGUGACAGUGAGUUUGUGGGUGUGUGUGUGUGUGUGUGUUUGUGCGCUUGCGUGUGUGUGUGUGUAUAUAAAUACAAAAGUGGAUAUGCACCACACAACAGUUCACAAGUCCUACUUCCUUUUCACCUGUUGGCUAGUGACUUCCACUGGUAGUAGAUAUAUCUUUUUUUUUUUUCUGCGAUCUGUAACGCUACAAUUACAGGCGGAUCCUCUCCACAGCAACUAUGAACAUUUCUGAGGAAGAAAGCGAGGGCUUCCAUGACACCACUGUGGCACUUUGGAAUAUUAUCCUUUCCACAUUUUACAUCCUGAUUUUCGUCAUCGCUGUGCCUGGGAAUGCCUUGGCGCUGUGGGCCUUCUUUCACCAGAAGAGCACGUCUCCAUCUAAGGUGUUCCUGAGGAAUCUGGCUUUGGCUGACAUCUUUUAUGUCCUCAUUUUGCCCAUGCGUAUAGUUUACCACCUGUCUGACAGCCACUGGCCCUUUGGACAUAUCCUCUGUAAACUGUCAGGCUUCCUGUUCUAUCUAAACAUGUACUGCAGCCUCUACUUAAUGAGUUUCAUCAGCCUGGACAGAUUCCUGGCUGUGGUUGUACCUAUAAGAUCACAAUCAAUUAGGAAGCCUGUGUAUGCAAAUGUAGCUGUUGGCAUACUUUGGGUGACAGUUAUCAUCUCCAUGAUUCCUACACUGUUCUCCAAACAGGACUCGACCAACUUCUCUGGCACCUGCGCCAAACUGUACUUAGAAACGACAUCUCCCACAGCUUUGGUUUCCACUAUUGUGGCAUUUGCUAUUCCCCUGACUACCAUAGUGGUUUCUUACAUACUGAUUCUGCUGAAACUGAGGACAGUCAAACAACAGGAGCAACGACCGGUGAAAGACAAAGCUGUAAAAAUGAUCAUACUCAUUGUGAUGAACUUCCUGCUCGCAUUUGUGCCGUACCAUGUGUGCAGGAUAAUCUACAUUAAAAGUCACAAUGCCGACCAUAUUACUGCAGCGAGCCUUGAGUCACUGGGAAGAGCCAAUCAGAUCACAUCUGCGUUGACCUGCGUUAGUGGUGUGCUGGAUCCUGUGAUGUACUUCUUCUUGAAUCGUGCAUACAAGGACACAUUUCUCAAGCUGUUCUGUAGAAAUAGAGAGCGUGAUCAAUAAACAACAAAUAUGUAAACAAUAAAAGAUUUUCAAACAAGC